AUGAGUUCAUUAUCUAGGAAAGCUGCAUGCAAUGCUCAUGGUCAAGAUUCUUCCUACUUCUUAGGAUGGGAAGAAUACGAGAAAAAUUCUUAUGAUAGAAUUAGCAACCCGGAGGGAAUUAUCCAAAUGGGUCUUGCAGAAAACCAGCUUUGUUACCACCUUUUAGAGUCAUGGUUAGCUAUGAAUCCACAUGCACUUGGGUUUAAAAGUCAUGGUGAAUACAUUUUUAGAAAACUUGCUCUAUUCCAAGAUUAUCAUGGACUCCCCGAAUUCAAGAAGGCAAUGGCUGAAUUCAUGUCAGAAAUGAGAGGAAACAAAGUAACAUUUGACCCGCAACGUCUAGUCCUAAUCGCAGGUGCAACCUCAGCCAACGAGGCCCUCAUAUUCUGUCUCGCUGAUCCCAACGAAGCCUUCCUUCUCCCAACUCCAUACUACCCUGGAUUUGACAGGGAUCUUAAGUGGCGAACUGAAGUUGUUAUAGUGCCCAUUCAGUGCAAAAGCUUAAAUGGCUUCCAAAUAACUGAAGAGGCUUUGGAACAAGCCUAUCAAGAUGCCACAAACCGUAAUCUAAGGGUCAAAGGUGUUUUAAUCACCAACCCAUCUAAUCCAUGUGGCACCACAAUGACAGUCGAUGAGUUGAUCCUCCUCCUUAACUUCAUUGAAGCUAAGAAAAUUCAUCUCAUUAGUGAUGAAAUCUAUUCCGGAACAGUUUUUAACAAACCAGACUUCAAAAGUGUCAUAGAAGUUGUCAACCAGAGAGAAAAUAAUAAUCAAAUUCAGGAGCAGGUCCAUGUCGUUUACAGUCUUUCGAAAGAUCUAGGGCUCCCUGGAUUUCGUGUUGGAGCAAUAUACUCAAACGACAAGAUGGUUUUGGAUGCAGCCACAAAAAUGUCGAGUUUCGGUUUGGUCUCUUCUCAAACUCAAUUCUUACUCUCGGUUUUGUUAUCCGACAAAUGUUUUACCCAAGCAUACAUAUCCGAGAACCAAAAGAGACUUAAGAGACGGCAUAAAAUGCUCGUGGGGGGUCUUAAGAAAGCAGGAAUAAGUUGUCUUAAGAGUAAUGCUGGAUUGUUCUGUUGGGUUGACAUGAGACACCUUCUCACUUCAAAUACUUUCAGUGCUGAAAUGGAGCUCUGGAAAAAGAUUAUUUACGAUGUGAAACUCAAUAUAUCGCCUGGCUCAUCAUGUCAUUGUACCGAACCAGGUUGGUUUCGAGUUUGUUUUGCAAACAUGUCCAGGAGAACGUUGAAGGUGGCAGUUAAAAGGUUGAAAGACUUCGUGGCUGAUGAGCUUAUUAACCACAAGAACUACUCGAUAAAAAAAUGUCAGCAAAGUAGGUUUUCCAGCUAUCAUUUGACAGCGACGAAUGCUAACAGACCCAAGUGUAUGAAUGGUGGUGGUGUUAGACUGAUUGGGCUUUCAACUUUGAUUAUUGGCUUUGACCCAUACACAGGUGCACCGGCACUAUAUCAGACAGAUCCUUUUGGGACAUUUUCAGCCUGGAAAGCAAAUGCCACUGGAAGAAACUCUAACUCAUUACGUGAGUUUCUUGAAAAAAACUACAAGGAGACAGCUGGGCAAGAAACCGUCAAGCUCGCCAUUCGUGCUUUGCUUGUGGUAAGUAAUAACAGACGAUGCAUAUUUAAUCUAGCUUCUUAA